UUCAUUCAAUUCAGUCAUUCUGGAGCAUCCGUAGAAUAAGGUGCGUUUCGUAUUGUCUUGUAAAAAUUGCCUCCAAUUGGAUACAAUGAAAAAUCUUCUAACUUUACUGCUGGUUCUACCAAUCGCCAUUGUUCGCGUUCGGUCCCUUGAGUGCUACAGCUGUGAUUCCGACCUGACCGAUCUGGAUUGCAACCAGAUCGAUUCGCUACCGAAAGUAAACUGCACCGACGUUUCCGGUUCCAGCUUGGUAGCAUUGACCUGUGGAUUGCAGCAUGCUAGAGCUAAGAGUACCAGUGCGGAACGGAUCUACCGCGGUUGCAUGGUUGUUGGAGAGUGUGAUCUGUUGACUCGACAGGUUGAGCUGACCAGUGCCUAUCGAAUGGCAAAAUGCCACGAGUGCAGCUCGGAUCACUGUAACGAUCUGAGAACCGAUAGUGGGGUCAACGGUCAGGAGACACCGUUUGCACUGGUCGCUAGUCUGCUGGCGAUGGCUCUGGUAGGAGUGCAUGGAUUUUAUAAAUAAAAUUUCGAUGGGGCAAGACCCAAUUUGGAGUUUCCCAAUUUCAUAUGUCAAUAAGAUUUCCGUAAUUCUCGUGAACUGAAUGAAUAAAUACAGGGUAAAUUAUAGACGCAACAUCGACCAGCAGCGUUUUUUUUUGUUUUUUUUUUAUAAUUUUUGUUUCAGAUUUUAGGAAAAUAAUGAUUUUAAAACAAAAAAUAUAGAAUGAUCCCGCUUUUAGCUCGAAAUCGCCGCAAAGUGCUUCUACAUGGCAGAAAAGUUUCAAACUAACAGUGAUCUCAAGUGAAGUUCAAAGUCGCUGAAAAACUGAAGAACUGAAGAGUUCAAAAUAAAAAAUAUUCUAAAUUAAACUUAGAA